AUGCAGUCUAAAUCCAGCCAGUGUGAAGACGAAACUCCUUCCCUCUUGUGGGGUUUGGAUCCUGUGUUUCUGGCCUUUGCAAAACUCUACAUCAGGGAUAUCCUGGACUUGAAGGAGUCUGGCCAGGUACCAGGUAUAUUUUUUUACAAUGGGCAUCCAAUAAAACAGGUGGAUAUCUUGGGAACCGUAAUUGGAGUGAGAGAAAAAGAUGCAUUCUACAGUUAUGGAGUGGAUGAUAGCACUGGAGUUAUAAACUGCAUCUGCUGGAAAAGGCUGAAUAAUACCAAAUCCUCAUCAGCUACAGCCGCUCCAAGUGUAAGAGAGCUGAGCUUAACCUCUCAGCUUAAGAAGCUGCAAGAGACCAUUGCACAGAGAGCAAAGUUAGAAAUUGGGGAUAUUAUCCGGGUCAGAGGCCACAUCCGCAUUUUCAGAGGAGAGCGAGAGAUUCAUGCCACGACUUAUUAUAAAGUGGAUGACCCAGUAUGCAACAUUCAGAUCGCAAGGAUGCUGGAGCUGCCUCCCAUCUACAGGAAAGUGUAUGACCAGCGCUUCCACAGCCCUGCCCUAAAGGAAGAAGAGGCACUGAGCAAUCCUGGCACCCUGGACCUUGACAGCCUCACGUGUCUGCUGAGUGAAAAGGCCAAAGAGUUCCUUGUGGAGAACAGAGUGCAGACCUUUUACCAGCAGGAGUUGGAAACUGUGGAGUCCCUUCUGUCCCUUGCCAACCAGCCUGUGAUUCACAGCGCCUACUCUGGGCAAACGGGUUUUAAGAAUGACACCACUUCCAGAGCCAUUCACAGCAUAUUUAGGAACGCUGUAAAGCUGCUGCAGGAAAAAGGACUCGUUUUCCAGAAAGAUGGUGGUUUUGAUAACCUAUUCUAUGUAACGAGAGAAAACAAAGAAUUGCACAGAAAGAUCCACCGGAUCAUUCAAGAGGAAUGCCAGAAACCAAAUCACAUGGAGAAGGGCUGCCACUUCCUGCACAUCCUGGCCUGUGCCCGCCUGAGCCUCAGCCCAGGCCUGAGUGAACCUGUGUUGCAGCAGGUGCUGCAGCUGCUGGAGGACCAGAGUGACAUCGUCAGCACCAUGGAGAAAUACUACACGGCAUUCUGA